CAAAACAAUUCACAGAUUCAGCUGUCAAAACCAAGAGCCAUGACAGAGGAGCCAGGAACUGAGGCUGCUACAACAACCGACUACAGUGCUUACUAUGACCAAAAUGGCAACGAAUUUAGAUCACCAUGCAACAAUGGCAACACAAAGGCCUUCAGCGAGGUUUUCCUUCCCACCCUGUACAGCAUCGUUUUUAUUCUUGGCUUAAUCGGAAAUGGCCUGGUAGUGUGGGUCCUGAUAAGAUACCGGCAAAAAUCCAACAUGACAGAUGUGUGCCUCCUCAACCUGGCCCUAUCCGACCUGCUCUUUCUUGUGUCACUCCCUUUCUGGGCUCACAGUGCCAUGGACGAGUGGAUUUUUGGCAGUUUCAUGUGUCGUACCAUGACAGGUUUCUUCAUGAUGGGCCUGUACGGUAGCAUCUUCUUCAUGGUCCUUAUGACAGUGGAUCGCUAUGUUGUCAUCGUCCAUGCCCAUAGCAUCUUUUCCAGAAAUCGGUCUAGAAAAAUGGGUUUAAUUCUGGCCUCGCUUGUAUGGAUUCUCAGUCUGUUUGCAUCCCUCCCUAAUAUUAUUUUUACUAGAGAGAAAAAGGAAAAUAAUAACAGCAAGACAUCAUGCGGAUCUGAUUUUCCUGAAGAAUCAGAUUGGAUGUCUUUACGCCUCAAGAUGAAUUUCCUGAGCUUGAUCCUCCCUCUGAUUAUUAUGGGCUUUUGCUAUACCCGGGUCAUCCCUAUUCUGCUCAGCAUAAAAUCGCAAAAAAGGCACAAAGUCAUUAGACUAAUCCUGGCUGUGGUGGCAGUUUAUUUUGUCUUCUGGACUCCAUACAACAUUGUCAUGUUUCUAAUGUUCCUGCAGAGGAAAGGCUUCUUGUUUUCUUGUGAGUGGCAUACUGGUUUAAGCCUUGCCAUGCAAUGGGUGGAAACAAUUGCCUUAAGCCACUGUUGUCUCAACCCUAUAAUCUAUGCCUUUGCCGGACAGAAGUUUAGAAGAGCAGUUCUUAAAGCCCUCAAAGAGCGGUUUCCAUUCUGCUUCAGACAGUGCACCACUUUGUCUCAACAGCUAUCUGAACGCAGAAGUUCAGUCUUCAGCAAAUCCACUGAAUAUUCCUCCACGCAGAUUGCAUAGAGCAAAACUUAUUUCCUCAAAGUUAAUUUAAUUCCGAGUAGCUUACUUUUCAUAAUUAUUGUAAUUUUUUCAACUAUGCCUCAGUUCCCCUUUUUAAUGAAUGUAUAUUGUGUUUUUAAAGGGUUAACUUUGUUCUGUUUUUUUUUUUUUGCUAAAAGAAAUGUUAUAUGUUAAUAGGACGAUGCAGAAGUUGCUGACGUUGUUACAUGUGUGUUGCUCAAAUUUUAGAUAUGUGAAUGAUACAGCAUAAUUUAGAUAAAGUCAUUUUUGGUUUCGCAUCGCAUUUACUCAAAAGUUCGUGCAUCAAGUUUAAAAUGUUUUCUAUAUGUUAAAGAAAUGCAUUUACAGUGGCGGUUUUUGAAUGUUGCUUUAAGUUUUUUAAUGUUAAGGAUCAUUUAAUAAAAUAUAU